AUGCUGGCAAGCAGUUUCUGUCAAAAGGAGCGCAACAGGGGAGCCCAAUCCACCAACUGGGCGAGCGUCGAUAGGGAGACGAGGCGCGAGGCAACGGGAGAGGCGGUGACUGUGCCGCCCCACGUGCUGCCGUGGCUCUUUGCCAGCGCCGCUGCCAGCCUGCACCACGCCUGCCACCUGGGUGUGCUCUCCAGUCAAACCAGUCGCAAGGCGACACGGGCGUGGGAGUACCACCUCUGUGACGCCCCUCCGCUACGCCGCCCAUCCACAUCGCCACAGCCACCAUCGGAGCACCAGUCAGCGGCACAGCGAGUGCCAGCGCAGUCAGGCCAGCCCACACAGCCCCAGUCUUCGUCUCUCGGCCGCCCCUCAUCACUGCUGGCAGACAAGACCGCACCGCCAUCCCUUCACUCUUACCCGCUUACUCUCGUCUACAUCGCCGAUACGAAGCUGCUGCCACCCCACCGCCCUCCUUCUACCUCUGCCUCUGCAGCCACUCCUUCCUGUCUUCUGUCGCUGCUCCAUCUCCUACUGCUGCAUCUGUUGGCUCUGACAACAUGCCCGCUCUACGCACUUCUGUCCGACUCCCGGCACAUCAUUACGCCACACCCCUCGCUCAUCCUCUUCGAAGCUGGUCGACAUAACGCUUCUGGGAGAGCGUCAAGAAAUGCUGCGGGGAAGGCCAGUGGGGACCUGCAGGGUGUGUCAGAUGCGAGCGGAUUGGCUGACACAGAGGCUGGUACAGAUGAGUUUUAUACGUCGGAAGAGGACGUGGAGGAGCUGAAUGGCAUGCUGAAGAGACGGGGCGUUGCUGUUGACGCGAGGCACUUGGAUGCCAUUGUGGAUGAGUAUGGAUGGACUGUGCUGCAGUUGCUGCUCGCGACGGGGAUCUACUUGUGGUGGGUUCCCGGUAUCCCCUGCUUCUACUAUCAUUCCCUCCCCCGCCUCCCCCUUCCCCCUUCUCCACUGCUUCCUCCAAUUGUCGCCUUGCCCGCUCCCCCCUUUGCACCGCUCCUCCCUUGCCCCGUUCCCCCAGGGACUCCUCUGCACGACGCUGUGAGGCAGCAGCAGUGGGGUGCAGUGGAGUGGCUGGCGCAGCAGGGAAUAGACCCCCACAAGGUGUAG